GCUGGUAGUGCAGUAUGAUCUAUUUUACAAGUCACUUCUAAACAGUUGCUGGUUGGGUGAAGAUCGUUCUAAUAAAAUGUUUCGUUUGUGCAUUAUACUCACAGCAGUGCUGCUACCGAUCGCAGUGCUGGGUGCUCCAACUGUGCACUUACAGGACUACGCAAGAGAGACUUCUACCGCAGACGACUACAAUGCCGCUCAGCCUGACAGCGAAUCGUCUCAAUCCAAUGUCAAACCACAAGUUGUGGAGCCCACCUGGAUCACGGUAACGAUGCCUCCGACGAGCUAUACACCGACCGGGACCGAUCCAAAGCCGCAUACAAUGCAACCGUACACUAGCUACGUAGUUGUACCACCUGUCCAACAACCGAUGGCAGGAUCGUGGCCAUCGUACUAUCCCAACAUGCCAGUACUACCGUAUGGGUAUCCGUAUCCGCAUCCGUAUCCGUAUCCGCAACCGUAUUCCCACAACCAUUUGUGCAAUCAGCAAACGAGCCCGUACCGUGUGAUAUAAAGCUGAAUCGAAUCCCAAAACAA